AUGAUGGUCUAUCUCAUCAACUACAGUGAAGCUAGGACCUAUCCAUUGUGGAAAGUAUUCUGUAGUGGUGUACCACUCUACCGAGGUCGCGUUGAUUCGAUCAUUAAUCCUGGUACUGUGUCCGGACAUGUGCACAAGGUGAUGGGUGGAAAUCAUUUUAGUGCUGGAGUGAAAAAUCAGUCCGAACUCGAAUUGUACGAAGUGACAAAGUCGGCCAGUUGUACGACAUGUUCGAUUCACACUGUCGAUAAUAGCAACUAUUGGCAUCCAGAUUUAUACUAUCGUUGGCCUAAUGGAACAUUCUCGCUUGUACCUAACGGUGGUCUCACGGUGUAUUAUAUUGCUCGGACUGGCAUCAAUGGAGGUCCGCAACAUGCCAAUCCUAAUUGGCAGCCAUUUCCCAAAGGUCUCCGCAUGGUUGCCGGUAAUCCAUUUCGACGACAUUUCAAUCAAUCGAUUGUCGAACAUCAUGCCAUCUCGUUCGUUUGUUUGACGGAUUUCGGCAUGCCAUCUGCGCCUGAAACAAAUGGAUUUCAAACCGAUCGAUACUUUUGUAAGAAUGGUUUUCGUAUGCAAGUCUUCUUUCCCAUGUGUUGGAACAACAAAACUUUGGAUUCACCGGAUCAUCGCAGUCACAUGGCAUAUCCAACCUCCUAUAAUGGGGGUGAUUGUCCACCAUCACAUCCUGUUCGUCUGCCGGGAAUCUUCUAUGAAGCAUUCUACUCGGUAGACCAAUUUCCACAUGGACAAGGUACACAGCCAUUUGUUCUAUCCAGUGGGGAUCCAACGGGCUACGGUUUUCAUGGAGACUUUGUAAAUGCAUGGGACACGGACGUACUCAAAGCAGUGCUUGCUGAUGAUUCGUGUAAUGCAGAGAACACCAAUAAUGGAAACAACCCUGAAAGAUGUUUACCCCUGAAAUCGUUUGUCAAGGCACGAGUCGAUGAUGAUUGUGAACUGGCCAGACCGAUUCCACUGACUGAGAACAUUGGAAUGGUCGCACCUAUUGAUCGUUUACCUGGAUGUAAUCCAAUUACUUAUUCAAAUGCCGCCAUGUGUUCGCAAGGAGCCGAACCUAGUAGCAUGAACAAUGAAGGAACAUUUCAUAUUCAGUCCAAGAUUACCGGUGGUCAUCUUACAUUUGAUAGUGCCACCGAGCGAGUGUUUGCCAAUGGUUCCACAAUCAAUCCUACCUAUCGUCAAGUGUGGGGUAACGGUUGGGCUCCUCGAAUUCAGGGACGCACAGUGCGAAAUGUGGAAAUCAACAAGCAUUUGACUAUGCAGGACAUACUCAAAGUCAAAGGUGUUGUUAUUGAUGCUUGGGAAAUUUUUUCAUUUGAGAAGCAAGUGGAUAGUGAAUAUGUGGCCAUCAAGAACUCUCGAUACGGCAAAUAUCUGAAAGUUGAAGCAGAUUUUACCAUCAGCGGUCAAGCAACAUCUAUUACUGAUGCUUGUCUCUUCAAGCUUGUUACACCCAAUGGAGGCUUUGUUCCCGAAGGCAUUAGGCUUGCUGAUCUUCAGUAA